AUGAAGAAACCUGGACCGUGUCUCACAGCUAUAGGAUGCAUGAGCCUGAUGUUCGGACUGAUGAGUACAACCAUAGCACUUUUCGCUCUGAUCAAAUUCGACUUAAUUUUCGUGGGGGUUUUGAACAAACACCUGGCUUUGUCCCCCGAGUCGCCGAACUUUCACUAUUGGACCGACAUGGAGGACCAUUACGAUGUGCGGCUAGCUUGGUAUUUCUUCAAUCUGACUAAUCCGAGGGAGUUCAAGAGCGGCGAGCCUCCCGUGCUUAAGGAAGUCGGGCCUUUCUGGUAUUAUGUGUCCGUCGUGAGAGACGAUAUGCAAUUCCACGCGAAUCACACCGUUACCUUUCGUGAGACUCACCUCUUUGAGUUCGAUGAAGAGAACGUUUUGAGCGAGGAAACCCCCAUAACGACAGUGAACGUCCCACUCCUCAUCUAUCUCUACAGAGUGAGGGCGGAGAAAAAAGACGGUAACAAGGCUGUGAAAGCGAUAUUGGAGGAAUUCCCCGAGACCGAAUCCGUUGUUCUCGUUCGGAAAGUGAGGGAUCUCACUUAUGGAGGUACAGACAGUCUACUCAUGAAGGCGAUAAGUGAAGAGAUUCAGGGCGAUUCGCUCCGGAAGAUCUUGGACGAACGAAGUACGGGAAAGUUCAGCUUCGCGAUUCAGAGGAAUAUGACCGAGUCGAUUGUGAUCAACAUGUAUACUGGAAUAGGCGAUUUCCGUCAGAGGAACCGCGUACAUUCCAUUGACGGCCAACAUGUGCUGAAAGUCUGGCCCAUAAAGCACGAGGAAUGCAAUUCAGUCGACGGGUCUUUAGGAUUCUUCAAGCCGACCGGGAGCAAGACUUCCGAGUUCGUGGUCUACAUGCCGGAAUUCUGUCGGAAAUUCAAAUUCCGCGAAUCGAAGAAAACCUCAUGGAGGAGUCACGAGGUAGAGAGGUUCUAUCUCGCUCGGGACAACUUCUUCGACCAUCGCAUCGACCCAAAGAAAGCCUGCUACAACGGAGGCUUCGAUGGACCGAAAUCAGGUUCCACCGGGGUAUGGCCUUGCAGGAAAGGCUCCACCGUAAUGAUAUCUCUGCCUCAUUUCCUCUACCGGGACCAGCUGGAAGAAGUCCAGGUCAAGGGACUCACUCCGAGGCAGGAUCAACAUGAAUAUACUAUGGAUAUUGACCCGUUGACCGGCCUUGUGGUAUCGCUCUCGGGGAGACUACAAUCGAAUGUGCCCGUCGUCAGAUCCAAUUUCGUGGAAGCAGCGGCCCAUUUGAAUCCCGUCAUGUAUCCGAUAUUUUGGCAAGAAUACCGGAUUGAGGCGGAUUACGAAAUCAGGGAUAUGUUGAGACAGAUGUCCGGCGCCCCCUAUUAUCUUCAGCUCUUUUUUAUGGCCAUAGCAACUAUCGGCUCCAUUCUGACAAUUUUCGGACUCUUCCUCUGGUGCCAGUGA